CGAGCUACAGUGAGGAUCGAUCGGACCAACAUGCAGCACACGGCACGUGACAGCAUACUAUCUCUGUGAUUACAUUGCUUUGUGACUACAACUUUGUUUGCACUAUGGACAAACUUCUACCACUCUUGCUUUUUACGUCUUCCUGUGCAGCAACUGCUGAACAAGCUCACCCGUACGAAGAACCACUAAAUAAAAAUAGAGCAGUUCCUGAAGUUGAACCAGAAUUUACCGAACCCAUUUCCAACGUAACAGUUCCUCUAGGACGUGAUGCCCAACUGCCAUGUGUUGUAGAUAACUUAGGAUCAUAUAGGGCAGCAUGGAUUAAAGUGGAGAGUAAAGCAAUUUUGACAAUCCACCACCACAUCAUUACUCGGAAUUAUCGUAUAAGCUUGAGUCAUAGUGAUAACAGAAACUUUAUCCUGCAUAUACGCAACGUUCAGAUGACUGAUCGUGGUGCCUAUAUGUGCCAAUUGAAUACCGUACCUAUGAAGAGCCAAGUUGGAUAUUUAGACGUGUUAGUACCACCAGAUAUUAUUGUGGCUGAAAGUAGUUCAGAUGUCAUAGCCAGAGAAGGUACAAACGUAUCUUUAUCGUGUAAAGCUAAAGGAUAUCCAGCACCGAAUAUUUCUUGGAGAAGAGAAGAUAAUGAGGCCAUUCCUCUAGGAAUGCGACAAGGUAAAAAAUUGUUAGCUACUACUUACGAAGGAGAGCAGCUGAACAUAACUCGAGUUAGUAGACUACAUAUGGGAGCUUAUCUUUGCAUCGCAUCUAAUGGAGUACCCCCUUCUGUUAGCAGGAGAAUAAUAUUACACGUUCAUUUUCCUCCAGUUAUGUGGAUACCAAACCAGCUGGUUGGUGCAGCAAUGGGAAAAGAUGUUACCUUAGACUGUCACACGGAAGCUUAUCCUGUGUCCAUCAAUUAUUGGGCCAAAGAUGGAGGAGAUAUGAUUAUACCUAACGAAAAAUUCGAAACAGCAAUUAAAGAUAAAACUUACAAGAUACACAUGAAAUUGACGGUGAAGACAUUAGAAGAAGAAGAUUUCGGUACUUACAAAUGUUUCGCUGAGAAUUCACUCGGAUCUACGGAAGGAUCAAUACGGAUGUAUGAAAUACCACCACCAACGGAAGAACCAACGAAACAAACCAUACCAAAUAUACGAGUCACUCCAGAAGAUUUGACAGCAUUUCCUAGACAUCAAAGUUUUGGAUCUGUGAAAGAUUCAGAAAGUGAAAGUACUGAAGUCAAAAAUUCACUUUCUAUACCUACAGACGGAAAAUAUCGAUCAUCAGAAGAUGCUUCUGCUCUUGAGGACAGAGUCCCCUUACCAGAAAAGUCAAGAAAAGGACAACGAGGACAACAACAUAGUAAAAGUACAAGUCCAUGUCCUGUCGCAUCGAGUUAUUUGAAAUUUGUGGUUUUACUAAUGUUGCAAGCUUCAGAUUACCUUAUCACCUAACAAACCCUAUAGAAUCGUAGGGUUAUUAGAGACUAAUGGUGAGAACUGUCCCAGCUAUUGUGAAAUGCAUACAAUCUAACGCAAAAAAAGGGAUCAACCUACUAUAGGACUCGACGUUAUUGACGUAUGUGUUCCUAUGCGAGGCCAUCAUUCGUGAUAGAAGAAUUCUGUUGUAUCCAGAAAACAUUCACAAUGACGUUAAGAAUGUUGUUUAUAUACCAUUCUAGCGGAUGUCUUCGGAAUGUUAAGUUGGGAUUUACUUUUAUGUCGACAGACUUUGGAGUUCAAAAUGUUACCAACUUUACGAAAAUAAGAUGGGCUUUUAUGUAAAUCUGAAAACCGACUCUGAAUCAAACAAGAAAACAUUUCAUUCCCCCAAAGAAAAAUAACUAUUAUAAUGAAAAUAAAUUGGUUUAUGUACUGAGCUCUG